AUGCAGGAGCUCAACCAGUGCACCGUGGCAGAAUUCAUUCUGUUGGGCUUUGCCCCCAGCCCCGGGACCAAUCCUCUGCUCUUCACCUUCUUUCUAGUCUUUUACCUGCUCAUCCUUGUGAGCAACAGCCUCCUAAUCACACUCAUCCACCAGGACUCGCGCCUCCACACGCCCAUGUACUUUUUCAUCAGUGUCCUCUCCACGCUGGAUGUGUGCUACACCACCACCACCGUGCCCCAGAUGCUGGUGCACAUUCUCAGCAAGAAGAGGACCAUCUCUUUUAUGAGAUGUGUAGCCCAGAUGUACAUCUUCCUCCUCUUUGGGGUCACUGAGUCCUGGCUUUUCUCCAUCAUGUCUGUGGAUAGGUAUGUGGCCAUCUGCCACCCACUCAGGUACAAGGUCAUCAUGAGCCGUGGGAUGUGCCUCAUCCUGGUGGGUAUUUGUGCAGCCUACGGUGUGGUGGGUGGUCUGUGCUAUACCUUCUUUGCCAUGCAUCUGCCCUACUGUGGUCCUAAUGAAAUUGACCACUACUUCUGUGAGGUCCCUGCUGUUCUGAAGUUGGCCUGUGCAGAUACAUCCCUCAAUGACCUGGUGGAUUUCAUCACAGGCUUCAAUGUCAUUGUGGUCCCACUCUCGCUGAUCGUCAUUGUCUAUGCCAACAUCUUUGCCACCAUCAUGAAGAUCCGCUCAGCCCAGGGGCGGAUCAAGGCCUUCUCCACCUGUGCAUCCCACAUCACUGUGGUCACUAUGUUCGCCAUCCCAUGCAUCAUCAUGUACAUGAGCCCUGGCACUGGCUCCUUAUCCAACAGUGGCAAAAAAAUGGCCCUUUUCUAUAACAUUGCCACAGCCUUCCUCAACCCCAUCAUCUAUAGUCUGAGAAACAAGGAUGUGAAAAGGGCUUUCCUCAAACUAGUGGGAGGGAGCAGGGCUCCAGAGUGA